AUGGCGGGCCCCGUCCACACCUACGGCUCGACCUGCCUUCUUGCCCCCCGGAAGGAAGACCUGGCCGCCCUGCGAUCAUCGCCCACACCGCCGAAAGUCAACGCGCAAUUCUUCUACACGUCCUCUCUUCCUAUUGAUGAUCCUUUGACUCCGCUCCCAGCUCUCUCCACAAGCUCGUCCUCCGCGCAGACCAAAUCUUCGCCGCAACCUUUCUCUGCUAGGGAUAAUAUUGCUCUGGAGGAAGCAUGGAGCGCUCUGCGAGAAGCCCGGAAAGCAAAGCUUGCGCAGAGCACAAACAAACGGGCUGAGGCGUCGGAGGCAUCAGGAAAGGCCACCGGAAUACCUCUCCGUGAACGCGCAUCCUCCGGCCGCGUACGGUCAUCCGGAACGCGGUCUAGUCUCCAAAGCCACGAAGAAGCCAGCAGCUCUGCGGAUGUCUCUACCAAGGACCAUGAGCAUGGGCCAACAGGGUCUAAGAGAAGAGAAGGUUCACCUCUUGGACGACUGUUCAAGUCUGCGAAGCGGAAGAGUAGCUCAUCUCCAGGCGCAGGGGAAGCAUUUUCGGAAGAAGUGGAAGCCCCAAGCUCUCAAGGAGAAUCGUUUGCAACUGCUCCCACCGGUAGCUCUCCAUUUGUUCGCGCUCCCGUACGGAGAUCAUGGACCCCCUCUGAACCUCGGUCUGAGGAAGAUACAAUAAGAAAUAGUGGUCAAUUUCGUGAAUGGGAAGCCAGCCAAGAAGCUGAUGUCGAGACGCAAAAUCCCGAUCUCAGUCAGGCUGCUGCAGAAACUUCAAGGAAGGCUGAAGCUAGUCAAUCUUCAGAAACGCUAGAUGUCAGGUCACAAGAAUCCGAUGGAGAGUCUGAACAGUACAAAGUCCCUGUUGGUGUCUCGCGUCUUCAUUUGGUAGAACUACCAAAUCUCAAGAUGAAACCCAUAUAUUGGAGCCCGCUUCAUGACAUAUCAGAUGUGCUUAGGGCCACGUGGUUUUACAAAAAUACAAUGUUACCUGUUGAGCCAGUUCUUGCUAAUAAACUUGAGGAAGGGUAUCUGUACAUGCGCCCGUGGACCGAGGCCUGGCAGGAUGAACUAAAUAGCUGCGUUGAAAAUGGCGCCGAGGCGGAGAUGAAGAUUGUCUACAAGCUGUGGGAGGAGGAUCGGAAGCCUGUGAGCAGACCUGGGACGGCGCACGAUCUGAAGACGAAACCCCAUGAAGCAGAUGACAGGGCAAAGGAAGACAAGAAGGACUUGACCUUUGAAGACAAUCUCGCAGCUAGCGGCUCUGAUGAGAAGACAGAAACAAAGCCCUUUAGAAACUCCAGCGUCAUCUAUGUGGACGCGACAGACGCACAGAUACUCCGUCCAAGUCUUCUUCCGUCUGUCUCCAGGGGACGUCGACCUCUCAGCUCCAUUCGGAAAGGGAGGCAGAUUGGCAUCCCCGUCGUCCGUGGCUUUAACCGGCAGGUUUGGGAUAAACUCCAUCCAUCCAAGCAGACCAAGUUUGACAUGAGACAUUACUUGAUGCGACCUCAAACAAGGAAUGCAAAUCUCGCCCGUGGAGAGCAGAUAUGCUAUGCUUGUGCUAUUGAGGAGUCGCGUCCCAGUCCAUCGGAUUUGGUGCUGGUUAUCCAUGGCAUUGGUCAGAAACUUUCAGAACGGGUAGAAAGCUUCCAUUUCACUCAUGCUAUCAAUGGGUUUCGGAGGUCCGUCAAUAUGGAACUGAACAACGAGGAAAUAUGGCCCCAUAUCCGGCCUGAUCAUGGAGGCAUCAUGGUCCUUCCAGUCAAUUGGCGAUCCACUCUCUCCCUUGCCGACGCAGAAAUAGAUUCGCGGGAUUCCGAUGACCCGAUGGCGAACCACUUUACUCUCAAAGAUAUCACCCCUGAUACUAUUCCGGCUAUACGGACGCUCAUCAGCGAUGUCAUGUUGGAUAUCCCAUAUUAUCUCUCGCAUCACAAGCCCAAAAUGAUCCAGGCAGUUGUUAAGGAGGCGAACAGAAUAUAUCGGCUAUGGUGCAAGAACAACCCUGGGUUCCACGAGAAUGGCAGGGUCCAUCUUGUCGCCCACUCUCUUGGGAGUGCGAUGGCGUUGGAUAUCCUCAGCCAUCAGCCAACGAAAUUGCCUCAUAUUGACUUUUCCAGCGAUAAAUUGCACGACGAUAUCUUCGAAUUCGACCCCAAGAAUGUGUUCUUUUGCGGAAGUCCAGCUGGGUUCUUCUUGCUGUUGAACAAAGCAAAUCUACUUCCGCGACGAGGAAGGGACAAGCCAGGUCGAGAGGGCGAAGAUCGACAACCAGGCGUCGCUGGAGAGGCUGACACGUACGGUUGUUUAGCUCUUGACAACCUCUACAAUAUCAUGCACACUACAGACCCAGUCGACAGCGACCUAGCUGAAUCCCUCAAGCCAGCCGCUAUCCCGACGUCGACUACAUCUUUUUUCCAGUCAUUCAGUAGCGUCUUCCGAUGGAGUUCCUCGCACAAGUCAGUGUCGACCGCGCCGGCCGCCAUCUCCAAGCUUCCAUCCAAUGUGGAGAUGGAAACCCAUGACUUCACACGCGAAGAGAUCGCCGAAAAGCGCAUGCUGCUCCUCAACGACAAUGGCCAGAUAGACUACUACCUUUCCGGUGGCGGUGGGCCCCUGAACAUCCAAUAUCUCAACAUGCUCAGCGCUCAUAGCAGCUACUGGGUCCUCCCGGAAUUUGUGCGCUUCGUAGUCUUGGAGAUCGCGCGACGGCCAGGUAGGGAUGGAACGCUAUUAGCGCUGCGGGCAGAGAAGAAAAAGGGCUGGAAGGCCGAAAGGUGA